CAAACGGAUCCCUUUCCCUUUCUUUUCGUUUCACGCUGAAACACAGAGAGAGAAACGUCGACGACGAAGAAGAACCCUAAGGAACAAGAGAGAAGAGAGUCAGGCGGACACGAAGAAGAAGAAGAAUAAGAUCGAAAAUCACCACACCACGAGAAAUGGUUAUUCUUCCGCCAGUCCGACCAGAAAAACUUGCGAAAUUUCUCAAACCAUAUCUGCUGAAGAUGCAUUUUACAAACAAGUAUGUGAUGGCCCAAGUAAUCCACUCGCCAACUGCUACGGUAGCCUCUGCUGCAAGCUCGCAGGAGAAGGCGUUACGUCCAAGCAUGGAAUCUACUAGGGACGUCGCUGCUGCAGCAAAGAUAGGCAAGAUUCUAGGAGAGCGCCUGAUGGUCAAGGAUAUCCCUGCCGUUUCUGUUGUAUUAAAGAGAGAUCAGAAGUACCAUGGUAAGGUGAAAGCUGUGAUUGAUUCCUUGAGAGAAGCAGGUAUCAAACUGAUAUAAUCCCAACCCUUUGUUGAAUAUGGUUGUGGCACUGUCUUUUCCUUGUACCAAUAUGAAGGGUAUGAAGUGGAUUGCAUCUUGUUUGAUGCUUUCUGGAUUUUUUUUUUUCUGCCCGAUUCUUGCAGUGACUAUGGAAUGUUUGGUUCUCUAUGUCUAAGGUUGGAGAAUUUGCUCUAAUAAUUUAUUUGUGGCAAAGUAGAUUAUGAGGAAAUAACUGGGGUUGCAUCAGUAGCGCGACGGUGGUGGUCUGGGAUUGAAGUCGUUUGGCAGUUGUUAAACAGACUGUAUUUUUAUUUUUAUUUUUUUGGGGUCGGUAACGGGACAGUUUUGAUAAUGCAAGUACAAAAUCAGCCUGAAAUUCUUGAGCCAGAUAUUAAGCUGGCCCAAGGUAAGCAUGGUUCCGAUUGCCUAUUAUUGAAUCAUGAAAACGUGCUCUCAAUGGAGGUGAAAGUAUGUGACUGGAAUCACUUGACGCCACUCACUUGUAACAUUUCAUAAGGAUAUGUGUUAGUAAUUUUAAUUGUAUUCUACAUCUUUGAUCCCCA